AUGGAUACUAAGCAUUCACCCGGCAAAAAAGACAUGCUCCUCACCCGCCUCCGGCCCUCCCUCUUCAUGUCCGGCGCAAUGUGCCUCUGGGCCGUCGUAAGCACUCUAACCGGCAUAACGCACGACUUCAAAGGCCUCCUCCUCACGCGCUUCUUCCUGGGCAUAACCGAAGCCCCCUUCUACCCAGGCGCCCUCUACAUGCUCUCGAUCUUCUACACGAAGAAGGAAAUCGCCACGCGCAUCUCCAUCCUCUUCACCGGUAAUAUCUGCGGCACCGCGUUCGCCGGCCUCAUCGCCAUCGGCGUCUUCCGCAUGUCCGGCAUCGCAGGCCUCUCGGGCUGGCGCUGGCUGUUCAUCCUGCAGGGCAUAAUCACGUUCGUGAUUUCCAUGGCCAGCGGGUUCAUAUUACCCGACGAGCCGCUGAAUACGCGGUGGUUGACCCGUGCAGAGCGGGAACUUGCGCAUGCGCGCAUGCAGAGGGAUACGGUGGAGUUGAGGGAGAAUACGCCGGUGUGGGCCGGGUUGAGGGAGGCGGCGUCGGAUCCCAGGCUGUGGGUUUUGACGGCGAUGCAGCAUUUCCAUAUGGCGGCGAGCAAUUAUAAGAAUUUUUUCCCGACGAUUGUUGAGACGCUGGGCUUUGGGCAGAAUGCUACCCUCGCGUUGACCUGUCCGCCUUAUAUCAUUGCUGGGGUUAUUUCGAUUUUUUGGUCGAUUAGCUCGGGUUUGUUCUUCUUCGUCCAUACACAUAUAUAUAUAUAUAUAUUUAUAUGUGUGUGCAAAUUUACUUCAAUGCUGACAGGACAUACAGGCCGUAUGAACGAACGGACAUGGCACAUCACGUUUGCAAAAGUCGUUGCAGUGAUGGGCUUCGUGCUCGCGACGUCAACGCUCAACGUCGGGGCGCGGUAUUUCGCCAUGUGCGCCUUCGCAACGGGCGUCUACUGCUGCAACUCGAUCAUCCUGGGCUGGGUAGCGAGCACCUGCGGGCAAACGAAGGAGAAAAAGGCAUCGUCAAUUGCAAUCGUCAACACGGUAGCGGCGAUAUCGAUGAUAUACACUGCGGUGAGAGAGACCCCCCAACAGCACUAUUCAAUACUGUAG